AAUCUGACGCCAUCAUCCCUACCGUCGGUGAGUGACCCUACCUGCUGAAUCACCCACCCCUGACAAAUAUUCUCAAUCCAACGGCCCAAAUCACGUUCCAGAAAAUCCACGGUCCACCCAACCCCAACAACCCCCUCCCUGAUUCGCAAAAAUCAGUUACUAUUAGGGUGUGCUGUACAGUGUGCGUUGAAUUGGAGAAGACGAGAAAAUUCGCAGACGCUUCAACGAAAUUUCUCAGAUUCUGCACUUUCUGCUUUCUGCUUUCUGCUUUUCUAUCCGCUUUCGAUUCCGAUCGAAUCGAUUCCUUUGCUGUUUCCCCUUUUGUAUUUCAUUUAUUUGUUUAACUGAUUCGGAGACGAAAUCUGCCAGCUGAGCUUGUUUGGAUGCUGAGAAAACGAAGGAAAAGAACUGCAGAUUCAAGCUGAAUUCGGUGAGGUGUGGUGUGGCGGCGCUAGGGUAGCUAGGAUUAUUUUCUUUCACUUUCUCAGCAAACAAACAGGGUGAGGAGGAAUUCAAGAAUGCAGAGGAGAUCGAACAGUAUGACGAGGGAGAAGCGAGGGUUGGAUUCAAGUGCUGCUGAGGAAGACCAGCCUGAAAGGAAACGACCUGCUUUGGCUAGUGUAAUUGUUGAAGCCCUGAAGGUGGACAGUCUUCAGAAACUUUGCUCAUCACUGGAGCCUAUUCUACGAAGAGUUGUUAGCGAAGAAGUGGAGCGUGCUUUAGCAAAAUUAAGCCCUGCCAAGCUUAGUGGGAGAUCUUCUCCCAAGCGCAUAGAAGGCCCUGAUGGCAGCAAUUUGCAAUUACAAUUUAAGACCAGAUUAUCCCUUCCCCUCUUUACUGGUGGGAAGGUGGAAGGAGAGCAGGGAACUGCCAUACAUAUUGUUUUGAUUGAUGCUAACACAGGCCAUUUUGUCACAUCUGGCCCAGCAUCAUGUGUCAAACUAGACAUUAUUGUACUUGAAGGGGAUUUCAAUAAUGAGGAUGAUGAUAAUUGGAGUGAAGAAGAAUUCGAGAGCCAUAUUGUGAAAGAGCGAGAUGGAAAAAGACCUCUUCUAACUGGUGAUCUUCAAGUGGCGCUGAAGGAUGGUGUAGGAACACUAGGUGAGCUUACAUUUACAGACAACUCUAGCUGGAUAAGGAGUAGGAAGUUCCGGCUGGGGCUCAAAGUUUCCUCAGGAUGUUGUGAGGGAAUGCGCAUUCGAGAAGGCAAAACAGAAGCUUUCACUGUUAAGGAUCACCGUGGAGAAUUAUACAAGAAACAUUACCCACCGGCCUUGAGUGAUGAGGUAUGGAGAUUGGAGAAGAUUGGCAAGGAUGGGUCCUUUCACAAAAGGCUAAAAAAAGCAGGUAUAUGUACUGUUGAAGAUGUCCUACGACUUGUGGUCAGAGACCCACAGAGAUUGCGCAAUAUUCUCGGGAGCGGCAUGUCGAAUAAAAUGUGGGAUAUUCUUGUUGAGCAUGCAAAGACUUGUGUUCUCAGUGGAAAACUCUAUGUAUAUUAUGCUGAUGAUGCAAGGAAUAUUGGUGUUGUUUUCAAUAACAUAUAUGAGUUGAGUGGCUUAAUUGCCAAUGACCAAUAUUACUCUGCUGAUACUCUAUCCGAAAGUCAAAAGGUUUAUGUGGACACAUUGGUGAAGAAAGCAUAUGAGAACUGGAUGCAUGUUAUUGAGUAUGAUGGCAAUUCUCUGCUAGAUUACAAUCAGAAUAAGAGUUUAGCCACCUCCCAACCUCAGGCUCCUGUGGUUUCCCUUAAUUAUUCAAAUUCAAACUCACUUGAUCAGCAGCAGAUCUCCAUCCAAGGUCUAUCAGUUCCUGUACCUACAGAGCAGCCGUCAAUGGAUCCAGGAGUAACAGUUGGAGGUUAUUGUGAUGGUGCGAAUACCAGAUUCUCAAUGCAACCACAGAAUGCAAAUUUUAAUUCUUCUAUUCAGGUUGAAAAUAUUGCAUUCCCAUUACCAAACCAGCUGAUGAGUGCUUCACACUCUCAACUUCCAAGAAAUGAAAAUGAGCUCACCCUGGGUCCACCCCAAUCAGCCACUCCUGGCUUUCAGAGUGUCAGUAUCUCAAAUCCUACCUAUAGAGGAUUUGAAGAUUUCUUUCCGGAAGAAGAGAUUCGUAUUAGAAGUCAUGAGAUGCUAGAAAAUGAAGACAUGCAACAUCUGCUCCGUAUUUUUAAUAUGGGAGGGCAAUCUCAUGCUUCCUUUAAUGCUCCUGAAGAUGGAUACCCUUAUUCAUCUGCUUAUAUGCCUGCAACUUCCACGAACUACAACUUAGAUGACGAGCGAAACCGUUCCUCAGGUAAGGCUGUUGUGGGCUGGCUCAAGCUUAAGGCAGCUUUGAGAUGGGGCAUUUUUAUUCGGAAGAAAGCUGCUGAGAGGCGGGCACAACUUGUUGAGCUGGUUGACUCGUAAAAUAUGAUAUUGGAGGCAUGUCAUCUGUGAUGAUCUGACAAUAAUAGCAUCAAAUGCUCCUCUUAUGGCAUCCAGAGUUGUUAUCAUGCUGAUUUUUAACAGCAUGAGUAGACAAGAAAUCUUGAUUGAAUUUUUGUGUGCAGCAACCUUUGCUGUGACUGUAUAGGAAGAUCACUAUGCAACAACUCUAAUAUAUGGCUUUCCUUGUGAUGUUUUUCCAAUCUUCAUUCUUGCCUGCACAUUGUGAAGACCUGGCCGUUUUUACCGCCUGGUUUAAACAGAAGAAGUUUGCAGUGGCUUAAACCUGCCAGGAUCUCGGUCUGGAAAGUCGGAAAGACUGUGUUGUUUGUUUACAUUAGCAGGGUGUAGCUGAAGAAUGUUGUGUUUUAUUGCUUUGUAAAGUAGUUAUGAUCAAUACCAUUGCAGGAGUUGGAACUGGUAUUUGCUUGUUUGCUUUAUGGAUGUUUCAGCAGGCUUACGAGUCUGCAUUCCUUGUCAGGGGCUGAGACUUCUCACUUCUGAUACAUAUUUAAUAUUCCCGGAUGGGCUGAUAAAUAAAUCACUCAUUUUUAACUGAGAA